AUGAAUUCAUCAUCUCACAUAUCGAUCGGUCUCAUCCUGGAGAUAUUGUCGAGAUUGCCUUCAAAGUCAGUUGCGAGGUUUCGUUGCGUGUCGAAGGAAUGGGCAUCAAUGUUUGGUAGUCCAUAUUUCAAGGAGUUGUUCCUGAGCAUGUCAUCGGCUAAGCCGCGCCUCUUAUUCGCCAUCGCAGAAGACGGCGACGAAAAUGGAAAAGCUUGUUGGAGGUUCUUCUCGUUGCCUCAGCUUGAGAAUCCAUAUGUGAAAUCGUCGUCGACGACACUUGUAGCAGCAACCGACUUUCAUGUGAGAUUCUCUCCAGACGAUCUACUGAUCUAUCAUUCUUAUGACCCCAGAUAUUUUUCAUGCGGCUAUGCCUCAGGCUUGUUCUAUAUCUAUGGUGAUAGAAACCAGGGUAGACCUCUGGUAUGUAACCCCGUCACAGGACGGUAUGCGAUCACACCUUUUCGUUAUACUUACAGAAAGGCGUAUAGCUUUUUCGGGUUUGACCCGAUUGACAAGCAAUACAAGGUAUUGUCCAUUAAAUAUCCAUCUGGUCCUCCUGGUUGUCAUCAUAAAAUUCUUACAUUGGAAGAUGGAGAUAUGACAUGGAGAAGGAUCAAGUGUCCCUUAAGACGGCCAGGUAUUAAGAGUGAUGGCAUAUGCAUCAAUGGGGUUUUGUAUUUCUUAUGUGAGAGAGAAGAACUAUCAUUUGAUUAUGUCAUAGUUUGCUUUGAUGUUAAGUCAGAAAAGUUCACCAUUAUUGACGUAGAAAGGAUUUGUCAAUUGAUAAACUAUAAGGGCAAGUUAGCUCUGAUUUAUUGGGAGGAUGAUGUCGACAUUUAUGAGAUUUGUUAUUACGGGAAGGAUCUCGACCAGUACUUAAAGGAUAACCUUGAAGCUGAUGCAACUAAUGAGUUGCAUGUGUGGGUUCUAGAGGAUGUCGAGAAACAGGAAUGGUCCAAAUAUGCCUACACUUGGACCGAUGAUAGAUUCUUUCGUCGUCACGUUUCCAUCGCUGGAGCGACCGCUUCUGGUGAGAUAGUGUUUUCGAUGCGCACAUAUACAUCUAAACAACCGUUUUAUGUUUUCUACUUCAAUCCCGAAAGGAACACUCUCCAACGUGUUGAAAUCCAAGGUUUUGGUGAAGCGUUUAAGCAACCUUGUAGCGUUCGCACCUUUUUAAACCACAUAGAGGAUCUUGAUGUUAACGAUUUAAAAGUACUCAAGUCAGUCCAUCCUCCAUUGGUGAACCCAAAAUAUAGAGGUACAUUAGAAUCAGAUACAGAAUAUAGAGGAUCAUUGGAGUUAGGUGAAAGCAAUGGUCAUGUCCUUUUGUGCUCUUAA